GAGACAUCUGUCAGUCAUCAGUCACAGCAGAGAGACAGUGUUUACUUCUUUCACCAUUUUGUCAAAAUGUGCAAGCUCACUCUAACUGCAGGUCUCUGUGUGAUCAUCGCCAGCUUGGGUUUACCUGGCCUUGUGACAGGAAAUCCAUUAUUUCCUUUAAACCCCUGUCAUGGAAGAGCGGAUGGGAACUACGCUAACCCCGUUGACCAACAUUCAUUUUACCAAUGUGUAGCUGGAUACACCUUUGUCCAACCAUGCCCAGCAGGUUUGGUGUAUGCACCAUACAAAAAUGCCUGUGACUAUCCUGCUCAAACUACAGUAUCCCCAAACGGAAACGACUGUCACGGAAGACCAGAUGGGCAAUAUACCAACCCUCAUGACCAACAUUCGUUUUUAAGCUGUUCAGGUGGCAUAACCUACAUCCUAAAAUGCCCAUCAAAUUUGGUAUAUGUAGAAUCCAUAAAUGCCUGUGACUAUCCUGCUCAAACUACCGGAUCCCCAAACGGAAACGACUGUCACGGAAGACCAGAUGGGCAAUAUACCAACCCUCAUGACCAACAUUCGUUUUUAAGCUGUUCAGGUGGCAUAACAUACAUCCUAAAAUGUCCAUCAAAUUUGGUGUAUGUAGAAUCCAUAAAUGCCUGUGACUAUCCUGCUCAAACUACCGCAUCCCCAAACGCAAACGACUGUCACGGAAGAACAGAUGGGCAAUAUACCAACCCUCAUGACCAACAUUCGUUUUUAAGCUGUUCAGGUGGCAUAACCUACAUCCUACAAUGCCCAUCAAAUUUGGUGUAUGUAGAAUCCAUAAAUGCCUGUGACUAUCCCAGACAUCCUUAUUAACCUACCACUACACAUAACGGAAACCUUUCUCAUGAAAGUCAUGAGAAAUACCCCAUAGAUAUGUCAAUUUAUCUGAAAUGCCUUACUUAACUCCAUGAUCGUUGUAUAUGAUUUAGGCCUAUGUAAUUAUUGGGGUAUUUAAUCGUAUGUUUGUGUUCUCUUUGGUUUAUGUUUAACCUUUGGUGAAUGGAUUUGUCUGACAUUAUGACACAGAUGUUGCAUAUUGCAUUCAUGUAUUCAUGUGCUGUCUCUAAGUACAAAAAUCCUAACUUGCUCAAUAUAAUGACGAAAUAAUAAAUCAAUAAAAUAUCACCGAUAUACCAGA